AUGCUGAUGGCUUGCAGGGUCAUAAACAAAAGGAGGCACAUAGGACUUCAACAACUUUCAUCAUUUGCGGAAACAGGAAGAACUUUCCUAGGUCCGGUAAAAUCAUCCAAAUUUAUUAUAGAUGAAGAAUGUCAUGAAAGUGUGUUAAUCAGUUUAACAGUAAGGCUUCUUGAAAGUUAGGAUUUAACCAGUGCAGUGGGGCAGCUUCUCAGUGAAGCAAUUCAAGCACAAUAUAACAUAUACAGAACUGGAACCAGUACUCUUUUGUUUCUUGUUGGUGCAUGGAGCAGUGCUGUUGAAGAAUGUCUUCAUCUGGGUGUCCCCAUUUCGAUAAUAGUGCCAAUGAUGUCAGAGGGCUUGAACUCUUGCAGUGAAGAGGUGGUUUCCCUUCAAGUGCCUAUCCACAACAUAUUUGGCCAUCUGGACAACACGAAGACAUUUUCUGGACUUGAAACAUUUCGUGUCAGUUUGUGUCCUCUUCUACAAGUCCCUUCAGAUACUGGUUUGACAUAGGAAGAGCAUGAUCUCAAAGAUGUUGUUUCUCAAUCAUUGACCAUUUACAGUCUUUCUGGGAGACCUGUUAAAUCACCUCAGUUCUUCAAACCUCAGGCUGAAGUUGAAAUAGAUAAAAACGCAUCACAAACUCUGAAAAACAGUUGGCUUGCAGACACCCACUGCAGAAAGUCAAUACUGAUUCACAGUAGGCAUUUUCAUAGCACAGAUAAUAAUCAAUGGGUAAGCAAACUAGAUGGAUUUCUAGAACAUAGUAUAGCUACUUCCAAAACUUAUGGAUGUAAUGAUCUGAUAGAGUUGGCAGUGGGCUUGAGUCACGGAGAUCACAGCAGCAUAAAAUUGGAAGAGAAAGCAGUACGGCUGCAAUACCAGAAUGCAUGUAUGCAACAAGGCAAUUGUACAAUGCCAUUUAUGUUUGACAUUUCAAGAAUCUUCACUUGCUGUCUGCCAGGUUUACUUGAAACUUUUUCUUGUGUUUGUCCAGGAUAUAUCACUGUUGUAGCAGUAUCUAGUACUACUCUGAUCAAGGAAUUGCAGAAUCAGCCUGUCCGGGUAGUUCUCAUUGAGGGUGACCUCACAGAGAAUUAUCGCCACCUGGGAUUUAAUAAGUCUGCAAAUAUUAAAACAGUAUUAGAUAGCAUGAAGCUCCAAGUAGACAGCUUAGAAGAACUGUGGACAAAUUAUGUAUUACAGGUAUUAACCCAGUUCAAUGUGAACCUCAUCCUGGUACAAGGAAAUGUAUCUGAACAAUUAAUUGAAAAAUGCAUACACAAUAAGUUGUUGAUAAUUGGGUCAGUGAAUGGCAGUGUGAUGCAGGCUUUUGCAGAGGCUGCAGGAGCAGUACAGGUGACCUUCAUUACACAAGUGAAUGAAGAUUGUGUGGGCAAUGGGGUCUAUGUGACCUUCUGGAGAAGCAGUCCCUUGGAUAUUGUAGGUAGGAACAAUGGAAUGGCAAUCUUGCUAAAAACAGAAGGAAUUAAUUUGGUUACAGCAAUGCUCAGUAGCCCAGUAACUGCACAGAUGCAAACCAAAGAAGAUAGGUCCUGGACUUGUGCUUAUCGUUUGUAUGAUGCUCUAAAAGAGGAAAAGGCCUUUCUUGGAGGCGGUGCAGUGGAAUUUUUGUAUCUUCAAAUUCUUGCAGAGCAAUCUCUGAGAAAAGAAAGCCAUGCCUGUUCAGAAUGGCUUCAUAAUACUUCCUCUUGGUUGAGCUCAUCACUGGCAAUAUACAGACCAACAGUGCUUAAAUGUCUGGCAAAUGGAUGGCACAAAUACCUUUCAAUGCUCAUUUAUAAUACUGCCAGUUACUCAUCAGAAUUUGAAGCAAGCACAUUCAUUCAACAUCAUCUACAAAAUGCCUCAGAUUCUGGCUCUCCUUGAUCUUACAUCUUGAAUGAAUACAGUAAAUUAAAUAAUGGAAUUUUUAAAUCAGGCGUUUCAACUAAACAGGAGCAGAUUCCAAGAGUUUAUGACAUUGUUACACCAAAGACAGAGGCGUGGCGCCGAGCAUUGGAUUUAGUACUGUUAGUACUUCAGACAGACAGUGAAGUUAUUACUGGGCUUGGACACACACAGGUAAACUCACAGGAAGUAGAGGGGUUUUUUAUUUUUCACCACUGCCGCUGGCUCCGCUGCCACCGCUUCCACCGCUCCCGCUGCUGCUGCCGCUACCGCUGGUGCCGUUUCUCCCACUGCUGCCGCUGGCGCUGCAACCGCCAGUGCCGCUUACGCCGCUGCCGCUGCUGCCAGCUCCUCCACUGGAUUCUGGGACAGCUGCAUCUGGCAUGGCCCUCAGGCUCCAUCACAGCCCCCUGGAGCCGCGGGCAGUCACCACUUGGCUUCCUAGCCUGGCUCCCGCAGCCCUGA